CGCUUCGAGGCUCCUCCCCUUUCCUCGAAAGGGGAUUUUGAAUUUAUUAACAGGGGAAUUAAUGUUUUGCUGGCACGCAUGUGGGAAGGAUCCUCUGGCAAGGCUAAUUUCUCUAAAUUCACCUGCACCUAGAGGAACUUCAGUCCUUUUGAAAUCAGUGGGGUCAAAGGUACUAAUUCUGGUGCACAGUUGGAGGCUGGACAUUGGUCUUGAUGCUCUCCUGUGGAAAGCAAGCAAGGAUUUAGGCCCGUGUGGGCAGAAUUGGCAUAAGCCUGUCCCAAGUGAAGAAAUGUCAGUCAGGCAGAAGGCAGAGGCCGAUGCAGGACUGUGUAUUGAGCCUGUGGAAAAGGAAGUGUUAAAAAAUGGAAGCAGCUCUCUCUGCCCUGCACAGCUGGGGACAAUCAGGGAGUUUGCAAGUUGGGCUGUGCCAGGACAGAUGGGAUCAGAAGCUGAGGAUGGAUUGGCCCACCGCUGGAAAGCCCAGUGGCAGGAGAAUUGGGAAAAUGAGUUGCCAAACACCAUACAGUGGGAAGUUACCAAGUCCUUGCUGGUUCCUUCCAAAAAGACAGCUGAUUUUGGCAGAAGGCCCCGUGGAGAAGAGGCUGAUGGACCUUGGUUGGGUCUUGAUGGAGUCCUGAAGGCCUUUCCCAACCAGAAAGAAUCUGAGGAGAUGGGAGAUAAGGGAAUAGCAACCUCAGAAAUCCUGAGGAAAGGUAUAGCUGACACCGAGAUCCGACGCCAGCAUUUCCGGCUGUUCUGCUACCAGGAGGCUAAGGGGCCCCGAGAUGCCUAUAACCAACUCCAGGAGCUUUGCCAUCAGUGGCUGACCCCAGAGAAUUGCACCAAGGAGCAGAUCCUGGAGUUGCUGAUCCUGGAGCAGUUCCUGGCUGUCCUCCCACUGGCAAUGCACAGCUGGGUCAAAGAAGGUGGUCCCGAGUCCUGCCUCCAAGCGGUGGCUCUGGCUGAGGAUUUCCUGAUGGGACAGCAGAAGAUCGAGGGAGGGGAAGAACAGACGCUGAGAACAUCCACAGACACGGCCACAAGCUUUGGCGGAACAGAGCGUGCUUGUCCAGAGGUCUGCAGAGAAGUCAAGCAGGAGAACUGCAAGCUUGCUGGCUUAUUGCUUCCAGGAAGUGAUGAGCAGGGGAAUGGGCUAAAUGUGGGGAGAUCAGAGUCUGAAGUUAGCCUUGGAGAUCCAAGUGACCCAGAGAAACAGGUCAAAAAUCCUGAGGAAAACUGGAACAGAAAAUCUGUUGCAAGUUCCUGGGAUGAACACCCUGAAAUUGCAACCCUACAGUCGAAGGCAAUAAAGGCAUCUGAGAAACAUCGCUCUCUGAAAUUAGCGGCUAAAAGGUAUCCGAGUAUCCACAGUGGACCAAAGCUACAUAUAUGCUCCGAGUGCGGGCAGACCUUCACACGCAAAGCCAACCUUUUCCGGCACCGUCAACUUCACACGGGGGAAAAGGCCCACCUGUGCAUGGUGUGUGGGCGGAGCUUCACUCGGAAAGAAAACCUGGCCAGGCACAUGCGAGUUCACACAGGCCAUGGAAGACUGGUUCAAAAUGAGGGAGAACCAACUCAGGCAUCCUUGAAAGGAACCAAAGUGGCCGAGCUUGAGACCCAGGGUGGACAAAAGAGAAAGGAGAGCCGCCAAGCAGGGAACAGGAGGGAUGAAUGCCUGGGGGACCAAGAGGGCACCUACUUGGGAAUCACAAUCCCACAAAUUGGCACAAGGAAUACCUGCCCCAUUUGUAGGAAAAGCUGCACUUGCCGAUCCACCUUCAACAGGUGUCGACAAACUGCAGAUACCAGUGAGAGGCCACACCAGUGUUUUGAUUGUGGGAAAAGUUUCACUCGGGGAGCUAUCCCCAGCCAGCAGCAGCACGCCGAGGACCUCAGUGAGACGUUGCAUUGCUGUGGUGACGGCAACGAACCAUUCAGCCAGGCGUUGCCUGAGGAGAGGAAGCCCGAGGCCAAGGAUGCGAGAAGGCCGUGCCUCCAGUAUGAGAAGAAAGAUAAUUUGGACCCCAGCCUUCAACUUCAUGGGGACACUCACAAAGAGAAGAGGCCCUUUAGAUGUCCGGAUUGUGACCGGAGCUUCAACUGUGGCUCCCACCUUCUGAGGCACCAGAGAAUCCACACGGGGGAGAAGCCGUACGGAUGCUCGGCUUGCGGGAAGAGCUUCCGGCAGAAUGCGCACCUGGUCAAACAUCAGAGGACUCACAGGCAGCCUGUGCCGUAUUUUUGCUGA